AUGGCUGUCCGCGCACAGUUCGAGAACUCCAACGAAGUUGGUGUUUUUGCUACACUUACCAAUGCCUAUGCGAUUGUCGCAGUAGGCGCUUCUGAGAACUUCUACAGUGUCUUCGAGGCUGAACUUCAGGAUGUCAUUCCUAUCUGCCACGCCACAAUUGCCGGAACCCGCAUCGUCGGCCGUCUGACUGCCGGUAACAAGAAGGGUCUCCUUGUCCCCACAACUACAACCGACCAAGAGCUCCAGCACUUGCGCAACUCGAUACCGGACAGCGUCAAGAUCCAGAGGAUAGAAGAGCGGUUAUCAGCCCUUGGAAACGUCAUUUGCUGCAACGAUCACGUCGCACUCGUCCACCCAGAUAUCGAGCGAGAGACCGAAGAGAUAAUAGCAGAUGUGCUUGGUGUGGAGGUCUUCAGGCAAACGAUCGCGGACAACGUCCUCACAGGCUCAUACAUGGCCCUGAGCAAUCAGGGUGGUAUUGUGCACCCCAAGACAUCGAUCCAGGACCAGGACGAGCUGUCAAGUCUGCUGCAGGUCCCGCUUGUCGCUGGUAGCGUGAACCGAGGUAGCGCAGUUGUUGGUGCGGGUAUGGUCGUCAACGACUGGAUGGCUGUCACCGGCCUUGACACAACAGCGACCGAGCUGUCUGUCAUCGAGUCGGUCUUCCGUUUGGGCGAAGGUCAAGCGAGCAACAUCAACACGACCCACAAGGACGCUAUGGUCGAGUCCUUCUACUAG